AUGAGUGAAAGAUGUCAAACGAAGCUUUCAGAGAAAUUUGAUAAUAAAAAUUAUAUUAUUUAUUUCGGUAUUCUAUGUACGUCAAUCGCAGUUCUAUAUUUUUACAGAUUUCACUUUGCCACAAUAGCAUUUAGCUAUGUGUUGGGAUGUCUGGCUUGUUAUUACGGGCUCAAUUCGAGUAUUUUACAAGAUUAUAUUGAAAAGUUAAAGUGCCAUUUCGUCGGUGAGACGAGCAAGGAUGAAGCGAAAGCGCCUGUCAAAGGUUGCGAGACGUGUGGGUCGAAGGACUGUGAAAGACAUGACUCCAGUGUAGGCACAGACCCAUGGGUGGGGUUACAAAUACACAAACAGUUGGAUCAAGCUAUAGAGGAUUUCUACAACACGAUAUUGGAUCAGUUUAUAAACUCGUGGUACAGUAAGGUGACGCUGCAGCCGUUCUUCGUGGACGAGCUGCGGUACCAGCUCCGAUAUGCAUCCGCUUGUCUGCUGCAGAGGGCUGUCAAGAUAAACUACGCUAAAUUCAUAACGUCCCGGUUAGUACCGUGCGCGUUACGUCACUACUCAGUAUGCGCGUCACGUCCGGGGGUGGCGCUAGAUUCCAAGAUGGCGCUACAUCCGGCCGCCGCCAAUAGGAAUGCAGAACUAAAGUAUUUAAGAUGUAUCACGAACGCCAUAAUGCCGUAUUUAUUGAAGAAUAAUGAGUUGCAAAAUUCUGUGUUUCGCGUGUUAAUAAGAGAGAUAUUUGCUGGUUGGGUGCUGUUGUCACUAACUGACGUAUUGGCCGAUCCUUACAUACUGAAUACUCUUAUUAUAUUAGCGACGGGAGAUGAAACUAUGGCUCAGUUGCCUUCUACGCCUAAUUAUAAGGUAGAAUUCCUAGAAACCUUCGUCCGUCAGACGGAAUCAAUGUACAGUCAGCGCUGCAAGCUGCUGCGACUGGAACUGGACCUGGUCAUCAGCGACCAGGAACUGUUCUUCGCAUUCAUGCAAUACAUGAAGACCACCAGCCAUCUACAUCUGUUGCAGUUUUAUAAAGACAUCAAAUUAUUCCAAACAAAAAUCCUGAACCCCGAGCUGAGCAGGUCGGAGGAGGAGUCCCUGCAGCGCGCCGCGCGCGUCCUGUCGCAGCAGUACCUGGCGGCCGGCCCGCCGCCGCUGGCCGCCGACCUGGCCGCCGACCUGCAGGCGCUGCUGCAGCAGGACAACAGUAUUAACAAAUUCCAAACCAGUCGAGCGUUGUACCAGGCUGCGCGACAAUCUCAUUCUGUAUUAGAAAAAUUAUGGCUGCCCAAGUUUCUGCAUAGUGAAGAGUUCUACAAAUUACUUAUCGGGAGCAGAUUGCCUACGGGAUAUCAGAAGCAAAUGGUCAAAAAACCCCACGAGAGACUACUCAACCAGGCUUUAAAGUUGGGGCAUCGUUUGAAAGGUGCUCUAAAACCCCAGACAGUUGACGGCCAAGUACUAGACUGUUACACCAACUGUGAUGAGUCGGAAGGAGAUGGAGUGGACAAUAUGGAUAUAUUGAAGUAUUUAGACAAUUUAGCUGUUGAAGAGUCUUUGAGAGGACACGAUCUGAGCACUUACAAGGUCGUUUUGACUAACGUUGAGACGAAGUUGCAAGUCCCCCCCCGGCGCGGCGCAGUGCGCGUGUUUACCCUGACGGUGCACCGCGCGGGGGGGGGCGCCGCGCCCGCCGAGCUGUGGGCACUCGACCGCUCCGAACACGACUUCCAUCUGUUACGGAGCAAGCUGCACGAGUUCCAUGGAGACGCGUUACUGCAUGACCUGUCACUACCUUCUCGCAGAGACAACAGUCCCCUCGAAACACUUCGAUACAAAUACGAGGACUUUCUUCAGAGACUACUCCAAAAAAGUUUACUCCAAACUAGUGAAUUACUUCGGAUAUUCCUGACAGAAGACGGUGACUUCUCAAUAGUAGUCCAGGCGUCCACCUUGAAUGCUACUAGCUCAGACUUGGGCAAUAUUUAUCAAAAUGUUGCUUUGAGGCUAAGGAAGGAGAAAGGACAACAUUUGGAGAGCUUUCUCAGGAAUCUGUUGGUAUCUUCUGAUAUUGAGCGGUAUCAGGCUUUUUCAUCACUGAAGCCACCUGAUCCAGUCCCUUCUAUCUCCAGGAAGCAUGGGACAGCCCGCGACGUGGAGGAGGCUCAAGAGAUGAGUGAGGAUGUGGCAGUCGAGGUCCAGUACAAACGACAACGCCGCGUCCGCAACAUUCAUACAUCCGUGUUCCAGAAUAAUUUUGACGUUGAACCUGCAUUGAGUAAUGUUGAUAAGGAGUACCAGACCUCUGUUGUUGGGUUUACGCAGUGUCUUAUGUAUUUGUUAACAAAAGUGAUAAAAGUAAGCAGUGUAGUGACCCGCGUGGUCGGGUCCGUAGCGGCGCGGGCGCGGACCUUACUGGACGACGGGUUCCACCGUCUCUUGGACGCGACCCUGCGCGACUUGUUGAAUGAGAGGAGGCUGGCGCAUCUCAUUAGGUUAGGACAUGGCCUAUUAUUCGGCAAGCGGUCGUCGGUCCCCCGUAUAGACCCGUCCGCGCAGCGCGUCCAGGCGCGCGUCCAGCUGCAGCGAGCCCUGCCGCGCGCCGCGCUGGCGCCGCGCCUGCAUGCCGCCGUACUCAACGCGUUCGACAUCAUACAGGUUCCACAGCUUAAUAAACAGCUGGUCUACAACUUACUGGAUUUAUGCAUCAUGGAGCUAUUCCCUGAACUCGGCGCCAUAGACAAGAAUCCAUCCAAAGAAUCAAAGAGUUGA